GAGGAUACCUCUUCCUCGUCGGAUGAAGACAGCGACGAUGAUGAUGAACAUGAGGGAGCCGAGAAGGUGGUUGAAGGGGAGUCGGAAAAGAACAAAACCGCCAUCGUAGUGAAACCGGAAAUCAAAGAGGUACUUUCUAGGGUGGCAUUCUAG